GGGACAGGGAUAGACAGAGCCAGGAAAGCCGUCCGAGAAGUGGCUGGGCGUGACGUCACGAGUUUUCUGAACGUCAACAACAACCUGCAGCAUCAGAACCUGCCAGCGGCGGUUCCCAGUGGGCGGUUCCUGGGGUAAGAGGAGUUGCUGUCGCUUUUUUCAGCCACCACAACCUCUCUGUAUUGUUUGAAGCCAUUCCAGAAGCGACACAGUUCAUCCUCUCGUUGUGUUUCCGGCCAAGGCUGCUUCUCUCUCAUUUAUUCACAUGCGCACAAGAAAAGCGCGAGCUUAAAAAAGUACAGGCACGAUAGGGGAACCCAUUGCUCUCCCCACGACUUCCCGCGCCAGCCAGGCUGAGUCACCACUGGAGAGUGGGAAGGUCUGGAGAGAAAGAACGAGAGAACGAGAGAGAGAGAGGGGAGGGGAGGGAGAGAAGAAACAACCACGAGAGGAAGAGAAGACGCGACACACCACUUGUAUGUGAGUGUGUGAGAGAGAGAGAGCGAGAGCAACUGAGCGAGCUGCCGGGAGAGCGCGAGUAAGGGAGGGCGAGAAACACCGCCGGCAUCGAGGCUGGGAGGCACCAUGAGCGAUGUCACCAUCGUCAAAGAAGGCUGGGUGCAAAAAAGGGGAGAAUAUAUCAAGAACUGGAGACCACGCUACUUCCUGCUGAAAACGGACGGCUCGUUCAUAGGUUACAAAGAGAAGCCACAGGACGCAGACCUACCCUAUCCCCUUAAUAAUUUCUCUGUUGCAAAAUGCCAACUGAUGAAGACAGAACGACCAAAGCCCAACACAUUCAUCAUCAGAUGUCUACAAUGGACCACCGUCAUAGAGAGGACCUUCCAUGUGGACACGCCAGAGGAAAGGGAUGAGUGGACGGAGGCCAUCCAGAUAGUAGCAGACAAACUCCAAAGACAGGAGGAAGAGAGGAUCCAAUGCAGUCCCACGGCUCAGAUGGACAACAUCGGAGAGCUGGAGGAGAUGGACACCUCUACCAGCCACCAUAAACGGAAGACAAUGAAUGACUUUGACUACUUAAAACUACUGGGAAAAGGCACUUUUGGUAAAGUGAUUCUAGUGAGAGAGAAGGCUAACGGGAAAUAUUAUGCAAUGAAGAUUUUGAAGAAAGAAGUCAUUAUUGCAAAGGAUGAAGUGGCACACACACUCACAGAGAGCAGAGUGUUAAAAAACACCAGGCACCCUUUCCUAACUCCCCCCCUCUACCCCACACCUCCCCUCUCCUCCCCACCUGUCAGGCUGGUCAGGCUGAUCAGGCAGGCCGUUAGCACCGCCCCAGCGGCCAUAUGCAAACCUCCCUCAACAAUUAAUGGAAGAUGUGCCGCCCCGUGUCCUCCUGGGCCGCGCCGGCUACCCGGUGGAGAGAUGGGGAUGAUGCGCCAGCUGCUGUCUAAGUUCGCCGGGCGUCCUCCAAGGGCCCCACCAUCCAUCAUCUCAAUAUGGCGAUGGGAGGCAGUUUAUGUUGUGUUAAUUUCCUCCAAUAAAUCAGUAAUUAUUGCAAUCCUGUCCCUGCUGUUUAUCCUGCAGCUGUUUUUCCAUUUGUCGAGAGAGCGGGUGUUCUCUGAGGACCGCACGCGCUUCUACGGUGCCGAAAUAGUCUCCGCUCUGGACUACCUGCACUCCGCCAAGAUUGUGUACCGGGAUCUCAAGCUGGAGAACCUAAUGCUAGACAAAGACGGACACGUCAAAAUCACAGACUUCGGGCUCUGCAAGGAAGGAAUCACAGAUGCUGCUACAAUGAAGACUUUCUGUGGAACGCCGGAGUACCUAGCUCCAGAGGUGCUGGAGGACAAUGACUACGGCCGGGCGGUGGACUGGUGGGGUCUGGGUGUGGUCAUGUAUGAGAUGAUGUGCGGCCGGCUACCCUUCUACAACCAGGACCACGAGAAGCUGUUUGAGCUGAUCCUCAUGGAGGACAUCAAGUUCCCCCGCACGCUGUCGUCAGACGCCAAGUCACUGCUGUCAGGACUACUCAUAAAGGACCCCAACAAAAGGCUUGGAGGAGGUCCAGAUGAUGCUAAAGAAAUCAUGGGACAUAGUUUCUUUACUGGAAUCGAGUGGCAAGAUGUUUAUGAUAAGAAGCUGAUACCGCCCUUCAAACCUCAGGUGUCGUCAGAGACAGAUACCAGGUAUUUUGACGAAGAAUUCACGGCACAGACAAUUACAAUAACUCCCCCUGAAAAAUUUGAUGAAGACGGGAUGGAUUGCAUGGACAACGAGCGGAGACCACACUUCCCCCAGUUCUCCUACUCGGCCAGUGGGAGAGAAUGAUCGCUGUAUCCAGACAGUACUGCACCACCAUCAGUACCAAUGGAAGGUUACAGUAUAAAACCAACCUAGCCUGAGCUAACCCCUCCUCUCUCCAUUUGGGUCAUUCCAUAGUGAGCAUGGAGAUCCAUCACUGUAUGUUUUAUGUGUUUGUUUUUUCAUGGGGAUUUUGCAUGUGUGGUCAGACAGAAGUUCAGCCCUGUUGGUAGUUCCCGACAGUUAAAGGUGCAUUUCUUAUGGAAUGCUCCUUUUAAAGCCUUGAAACUGACUCAAGAGGGCAAACGGGUUUGUUGUGUUGUGUGUCAUUAGAUCCCUUGGUCAUUGACUUCUGCGAUCCAGUUCUAUCUACUGUAGGAGACUGACAUUCCUGGUAGGGAGCGCUGCUGUCUUUAGCGUUCUCAUUUCACAUAGGACAGUAUACUAGAACUCGAGAUUCACAGGAGAUUCUCCAUUUGUUUGCUGUGUCAUAAUCUGCAACGGUCCUCAUUCUUCUCUUGAUGACAUUUGGGUUUACACAUUGUCGUUUGGUUAGCUAACAUCUGUGUUGUGUGUAUAGAAAUAAGUUUACUAUAGGAUUAGAGAUUUUUCUUUCAGAAGUCAAAAACGGCCAGAAAACGGUUCACUCAGGCUACACAGAGAUCAAUCUGUCUUCACCUCCGUAUACAGGUCACCGGUACUGCUAUCUUUACUCUGCAGGUCAAGCUACAAGCGCUAACUAUACAAACCACCUCCACCACUUCUCAUGGACACUAUGACUGUAGUCUCACAUAUUAUACUGUUACGUCAUUUUGUCCCUUAUUUAAGGUGUGCAAAAGUAAACCUCUAGUCUCGUCUGCUAUUUGUUGAUAAGCUGUGAUUUUUACUUUCUCCUCUCGCCUGUGAAAUCAGUCAUUCGAAUAGUGUGAACGCUUUGGGAUGUUGCUCUGCCAAUGUUAUGUAUGAAUGGGAGUAAAUGUUUGUGUACUGUGUGUAGAGAUUUUAAGAGAGCCUGAAGGCACAGCACUGUUGGCUGUAACCUCCUGUGAAUCCGAGCUGUGCGUUAGCUGUCAGGAACAGCAAGGUUCACCUCAACUUGUCUUAACAGUGAGGAUGAGAGGAAGAGCAUUCUAGGUAUGUGUGUCAGGGUUAUCUGGCUGAAGGUAGAUGCUUCCCACAACUGAAAUUAUGUAAAGCUUUAUUUCAGACAUAUCACCAUAGAAAAUAAAAGCAUUCAAAAACAAAAAUGUAUAAAUGUGAAUGAGAAAUGCAAGAUGGUGGCUGUUUACUGUCUAAUGCUCCUGUAAGGGGUGGGGCUAAACCUGUAAGAAGGGUGAAGGAAUUUGAAUUAUCUGACCGGGGUGGGGGACAUACUGUAUAACUAUGAUUCAAUGGGGACAAGAGGGAGGUAUUGGCAUUGUUUGAUUUGGACCACAGCAAUGGCUUCCUGUUGUUUUAUUUAUUUGUUCUUCUUUUGUAUAACUGUUCUUGUUAUAUGAUUAGGAUUAAUGUCCAGUCUUUUGUUCUGGAUGAAAAAGGCACCUCGAAUAAUGGCUUAAGAAUGUAGAAGCAAAGCCUUCAUGUUGUCGUUUUUGUUUUUGCUCKAWUUUUUUWUUUUUUUUGGUUUGUUUCUUUGUUCUCUUACCAAAAUAUGACGACAAUGAAAAAGACAGAGCAGACAGCAUAUUAAAGAGUUCUAUCAGUAUCAAGGUAUUAUUAUUAAAUAUUUUCCAUAAGACUUUUACAUUUCACGGGCAUCUAACCUGGAAUGUCUAAGUGGUAUUAAAACCUUUAAGUUCUCUUCUCCACAUACAGUAUAUAAGGGCUGUAUAAGCUUCAACUGGUAUGACGCUACUGUUGUCUUCUAGCAUCUGAGCAUUCCUGUAAUACAUGUAAAUACAUGAGAAUGGCACAGAACAAGCUUCCUCAAACUGUAAUUUACUACAUUUUAGUUGCUUAAUAACACACUGCACGUUUAGGCCUUUUUCUUUACCUCUGCUUUUUAGAACAAGAAAAAUAUGACAUUAGAAUGAAUAACUUAAGCAUUUACAAAGGGAAUAUAUUCAUUGGCUCUACGGUUUUAAAGUCAAGAGAUUGUAAGAAUAGGCGUAGAUGGAGAAUAGCUACAAAGCUUACUGAAGUAAUGAGUAUUAUAGACUCUGUGACCACUGUUCCAAGGGUAGAUACACUGCAGACUGUUUGGUAAUGAGUAUUAUAGACUCUGUGACCACUGUUCCAAGGGUAGAUACACUGCAGACUGUUUGGUAAUGAGUAUUAUAGACUCUGUGACCAAUGUUCCAAGGGUAGAUACACU